GGCAGCCUCGUCUAUACCAGUAAACAGGUGAUCACUUAUGAGAUUCUCUCCUGUGAGUAUAGUACCAAUCAACCAGGUCAUCGCCUAUAAAGCCUCUUCAUCACCAGGUAUAACAGGCUGAUGUUACUGAUGCUGGAAUCAAUACAGAUACGGCGGAUACAUUUGAUUCCUGUACAGGAGUAUUGGACUGGUAAUCCGGAGGGUAAACUUCUAUACACAGAUGACCAUACUGAACUCAUGGACUACAGUAGCAAACUGCAGUUGAAGGAAUUAUUGCCAUUUGUUGUAUACAAAAUAUAAACCAGGGUCAAUCCAUCCAUACGCCAAUGGGAGUUGAGGUGUACCCGGUGUCCUUCUAUAUAACACUCACGCUUUUGAUAGCCGCACAGUUUGUCCUAGGACUUACGCUUAACCUCGGAACUCAGAUCAGUUUGUUAUCUCAGCAACUCCUCCAGGUUAAGAGGGGCAACCUCUUUGUUCGGACACUGGGAUGGAUCGACACGCUGAUUUGCCUAACACUGAUGCCAUCUACAUUUGCUAUCAUCAUAAGUUUUCCAAAAGUAAAUUUUCUGUUAUGUGCCUUUCAUGAGAGUGUGGUAUCUAUGUCUAUAUCGGCAACGGCCACAUGUGUUCUAUUUAUAUCUUUGGAUCGCUACGGGGCUAUCGUCACUCCAACUGUACAACGAAUAACACACAAAAAUGUCAGAUUUAUUAAUAUAUUUAUUGCCAUAGUGUCUAUAUUAGGAUUUUUGUUUCCGAUCAUGUGCCUCUGUUUUGUUACCUCCACGGACGUUCUUACACAAAUGACUUCUUCUGGAGUGUUUUGUCGCGACCUUCUAUUGAACACAAGUCCUAUUUACAUCUACGAGGUGUAUUUCGUCAGCCUAGCUUCGGUUUCUACCAUAACAACAACGAUAUGUUAUAUAAAAAUCUACAGAAUUGCCAAAAGGCGAAUAAAGGCAAGGAAAGUCAAUGCUAUGAUGACCGAGAGUGAUAGGCCGAGUGGGGUAAGACUCGUGUUUAAACUACAAGAGCGGAAAACGAUAUGGCUCUCGCUAGCGAUCGUUUGUACGUUUUUCCUUUCGUGGGGGCCUUAUAUUCUCAUCGCUGUUUUACAGAUAUGGAUGCACAAUACACUGCCAUUAGAAAUGACCAAAAUGUGUCUCCUGUCACUUGGGAUGAUUUCAACAGUUCUGCAUCCAAUAUUCUACACAUUUCUCAACAAGAAAGAAAGUCGUCAUGAUCAACUGAAACGAAUAAUGAUAGAGGCGGGAAGAGAAAGAUUACGUGGCUAUGACAGACAGCAGUCAGAGGAAGCGGCCUCCUCAGUGCAAAAACUUGUACAUAAGACAAUAUCACAAGGCAUCUCAAUUGGUGUAAGCAGUAGACAUGAUCUGGAAAUAUUCACAACAAGCCAGGAUCAUCAAAAUACCUGUUCAAAUGAAAAAGAUGACGGGUUAUAUGAAGCUAACCACGCUCCUAUAACCGUUACCCGGAACCCUUUUCCUAGACGAAGUGACAGGAACUUUUCAGUUACAGAUCGCAUUGGUAGACGGUCGUCAAUAUCUGAAACAAACGAUAUACACUUAUCUGGCCAAAGUAAUAAAAAUAAAAUGCGAACACUAAGCUUAGAAAUGCAACCUAGUAAAAUAAAUUCACAAUUUCCGAACAUUCAAAGCCCAGAUACCGAUGACCGUCAUCUUACCUUAUCUCCUGGUUCAUGUUAUGGUCAGGAAUACACAAUAUUCCAAGGGGCAAGUUCUGAAACAGUUAAAUGUGUCCCUGGAUUCAGCGCAGGAUCACUUAACACCAGUAAAUGCCAGCUCAGUACAACGCCCAUUGAAACAGUUGAUAGUGUAUUUGCUUCUUCAGAAUCAAAUGUAGGAUUUAAACCACUCAAUCACUAUUACAGCGAGGAAAUCAAAUUCCAGUAUGCGAAUGCAGCGUUCGAACAUUAA